AUGCGGUCCAUCUCGGUCCUCGAGGCGUCCUUCCAAUCCCUCUCCCCCUCGAGCUCGACUUCGCCCUCUCCGCUCCCGCAAGACCUCGUUGCGACUACGACCGAUGCAGGGACGGACACGACGUAUGCUGUGACGCUUUCGAGCGAGUCGGGGUCAGAGGAGGUCGAGGUUCACGUUUGGAGGAUGCCGCAGGAUGAAGUAGAGCCCGCUACGCUCCUGAACUCCUUCCUCCCCGCUCCUUCUCCGCCAACUCUGCCCUCUUCGCAACCUUUCGUUGUCUCCUUCAAGUACUUGCCGGAAGACGACGCUCUCGCACUCGUCCUGGCGAACGGAGACGUUGAGCAGGUGUUCCUGGAGGGAGGAAUGGGAGAGGCGAGGAGAGAGAACGUCGGAACGUUUGAUUACGGCAUCAAGGCGGCUUCGUGGAGUCCGGACGAAGAGCUUCUUGCUAUCGUUACCGACAACGACCAACUCCUCGUCCUCGCCAAAACCUUCGACCCUCUCUCCGAACAACCACUCCACACUUCCUCCUUCGGCGCCGACGCCCCCGUCUCAGUCGGCUGGGGCCACAAGUCGACCCAAUUCCACGGCUCGCUCGGCAAGUCUGCCGCAGCUGCAGCCGCGAAGCAGAACCCGCUUGAUGCGGAUUGGCUCGAGAGUGCGAGGGACGAUGGGUUGACCCGCAUCGCGUGGAGGGGCGACUCGGCUUGGUUUGCGGUCAACAGCCUCGAGCGCGCGCCGCCGCGGUCCGACGUCGCGGACGGUGCGGAACGUCGAGUGCGGCGGAUCAGGAUCUAUUCGAGAUUGGGCGAACACUCUUCUACGUCCGAGCCCGUCCCGGGCCUCGAAGGCUCGCUAGCGUGGAUCCCCAGCGGCGAGAUCAUCGCUUCGACGCAACGGAAAGUCGUCGUCUCGGCGGAGGGACAGAGGAAGGACGAGUUGCAAGUCGUGUUCUUUGAAAGGAAUGGGUUGCGGCGGUAUGAGUUUGGGUUAAGGGAGGAAAGGGCGGAGGCGGUCCAGGUGCGCGAGCUGGGCUGGAACGCCGCGAGCGAUUUGCUCGCGGUGUGGAUUGAGCGGGACGCGGAGGAGGCGGGUGCAGCAUCCUCACAUGCCGUCCAACUCUGGCACCGCUCGAACUACUACUGGUACCUCAAGGCCGAGCUUGCGCCUCGACUGCCCCUCUCGCGGCGGUUGCAGACCGUGGCUUGGCAUCCGGAGAAGGCGCAUGAGAUUGAGCUGAUCGCAGCGGACGGACUGGAGCGGUAUAGCUUGUGCUGGGAGACUUUCGCGUCGCAGCGUCCUGCGCCUCUCGACGAUGGAACGGUUGCAGUCGUCGACGGAGUCGACAUCAAGCUCACGCCGUUCCGACUGCAAAACGUCCCGCCGCCCAUGUCUUCUCUCGUCCUCCGCUCCUCGCGCCCACAAACUCUCCUUCCUCCCGCACACAUCUCCUUCUCCGCCUCUCCCUCUCAUACCUCCCCUCUCCGCUUUGCCGUCCUCUACCCCGACUCGUUCCUUGAAUUCUACCGCUGGUCGCUCCCUCUCACCGGCAACGCCCAACGAAACGCCCUCGCCGGCUUGUCCGAACCUGUUCUCGAGUGGUCGCUCCAGCUCGACCCGAACGCCACGAGGCAGCGAUGUGUCGCGAAGCAGUGUGCGGUGUAUGGAGACAAGGUUGCGGUAUUGCGGAGUUCGCAGGACGAGGAGGCGGAGGACGAGGUGUUGAUCGUUGAUGGUCGGCAAGGGGAGACGACCUCCGUGAAAGUCUUGGAGGGUGCGCAAAAGAUCGCUGCGAUGCACGAGCGGGAGAAGCAGGAUGGCGGUGAGGAGAACGGACAGGAGGACGUCGAUGGAUUUGUGCUGGUCACCAAGUCGGGCGAGGUCCUCGAGAUUUCCGCCGCUGGCUCGGACGACUUCGCCUCGCCCUCGUCCAGCCUCUCUCCGUUCCCCGAGUUCUGCCAGACAAUCCAGCACGUCCGGCUGCCGCCCUCAUCACCUUCGUCCUCCUUCCGCCUGCCCACUUUGAUCGGUCUCGCAGCCUCCGGCAGGCUUUACUCGUCCGCACGCCUCCUCGCAUCCGACGCAACUUCCUUCACCAUCACUCCCGACUUCCUCAUCUACACCACCUUCUCGCACGAAGCGAAGUUUAUCCCCCUCUCCACGCUUUCGACAACCCCGGCAGCCGACUUUACCGAGUCUUUCGCGCGACGAGCAGCCGGGAGCGCAGCUUCAGGUCCGAGCGAGACCAUCAAGCGUGCUGUCGAGCGCGGAUCGCGCAUCGUAACAGUCGUGCCGAGCUCGACUACGCUCAUCUUGCAGAUGCCGCGCGGGAACCUCGAGACGAUCUGCCCGCGGCCGCUGGUGCUGCGAGUCGUGCGGAGCUUGCUCGACAGCCGUCGCUUCCGCGCUGCCUUCCUCCUCUGCCGCCGACACCGCAUCGAUCUCAACAUCCUGCACGACCACGACCCGGCAGCUUUCGUUGCUAAUCUGCACGACUUCGUCUCGCAAGUCAAGGAUAUCGACUACCUCAACCUGUUCCUGAGUGGCUUGAAGGACGAAGACGUCACGAAGACGAUGUACAAGCCUCUCGUUGGAGGCGGUGUCGAGUCCUUCGACCCGUCGAGCAAGGUCAACACGAUCUGCCGACUCGUUCGCGAGGAUCUCGAGCAGCGCGACGUGUUUCACUUCGCAAAUACGAUCCUGACGUCGUAUGUCCGCCAACGCCCGCCUGCGUACGAGGAUGCGCUCAACCUGCUGGUCCAGCUCAAAGCCAAGGACGCCGACCGAGCCGAAGACGCCGUCAAGUACAUCAUCUUCCUCAGCGACUCGAACAAGCUAUUCGACCUCGCGCUCGGCAUGUACGACUUCCCGCUCGUCCUGAUGAUCGCGCAGCAGUCGCAGAAGGACCCGCGAGAGUACCUGCCCUUCCUCCGCGCUCUUCGUUCGCUCCCGCCCUUCCUCCAACGCCAUAAGAUCGAUGACCACCUAGGCCGCCACUCAUCCGCGCUGAUGAACCUGUCGAAAGCCGGCGACGAGCAUUUCGAUGAGGCGCUCGAGUACACGAAGAAGCACGGCUUGUUCGAGGUUGCGCUGCGGGCAUACGAGGGCGACAAGAAGAAGUAUGAGAUGGUCUUGUCGGCCAAUGCGGAGCACCUCUUCGACCGGUCUAAUUACUUCGAAGCGGCACUUCUCUUUACGCUCGCCGCCCAGCCGGAGAAGGCGAUGCUCGCCUACCAAAGGGCUCGAGCAUGGCAGGAACUGUUCACGCUUGCGCUCACGUCGGGCACGGUUGACGAGGAGGGCGUCAAGGAGCUUGCAGCGGACGUGGCUGACGACCUUUCCGGCAAGAGACGGUACGGCGAGGCGGCGAAGGUCCUGCUCGACUACGGCAAGGACGUCGACACAGCAGUCGCUAUUCUCUGCGAGGGUAGCCUGCACGCUGAAGCGACGCGAGUGACCGCCUUGCACGACCGGCGCGACCUAGUCGACUCGCGCAUCAAGACGAGCACGCUCGAGCUGCAGGAACGUCUCUGCGAGGACUGCUCCGAUCUGACCGAGCAAGUGCAGAAGCAGCUCGACCGGCUGGCGGCGCUGCGGACGAAGCGGGAUCAGAACCCUUACUUCUACUACUGCGUCGACGAUCCGACGGCGGCGUUCGAGAACGUCGAGAUCGCGCCGGACGGCAUGUCGGACGCCGGCACCGCCUUCACUCGCUACACCGUCAACCCGACCACGCUCGCGAGCACAAGUCGCAGGACAUCCAAGACCUCCGGCUCGCGGCGUCGUGCGGCGCUCAAGAAGGCCGCAGGUAAGAAGGGCACGGUCUACGAGGAGAUGUACCUGCUCAACUCGCUCAAGAAGACGGCCGAGUCCAGGUUGGCGGAACUGCAGAAGGAGACCGCCGCCCUCCUGCCCGUCCUCCUCACCCUCUCGUCCGACGAGCACCGCACCGCCGCGACGGACCUUCAAUCUGCCGUCGCCGCCUUCGAAACCUUCGUCUCCUCCGCUGUCGACAGCAUCUGGACGCCUCUCGAGCAAUCUUGGCGCGCCGAGUCGACCGAAGAGCAGCGGAUCAAGGAUACGGGCGACCCGAUAUUGCUGGCGGAGUGGGAGCAGCGACCGAAGCCUGUUGAGGGUGAGGAGGAGACGAGGAGGGUGGAGAGGCCGGCGCUGGCGAGGGAGAAGUGGAGGAUUGGGCUACUCGGUGUGUAG